UUUUUUUUUUAAUUUUUUAAUUUUUUUUUUUUCUAAAAAAAAAUAAAUAUUCAUAUUUAUUUAUACAUUUAUAUAUUUGUAUAGAUGCUGCAAAUAAUAAUGAACAAGUUCAACUCCUUUAAAUGGAGUUGGCUGCAAUACCCUUUUUUUACUGCAAUUAUUAUAUUUGACAUUGUUUAUAUUCAAUUUCCACCGUUAUGGUGUCGACUUUUAUUAGCUAUUUUACUUUUAUCAUCACCAUUUAUACCAUAUAUUAGACGUUUUACAGUACCUGCAAUGGUUGUUUUUACAUGGCUUAUUACAUUUUAUGCCGUUCAAUUUAUUCCAAAUAGUAUUAAGCCAAAACAUAUCUUUGUCGAUAUCUUACCUACUCUUGAACGAAUCAUUUAUGGAGCUAAUUUAUCAGAAAUUAUAUCUCAACAUACACAUCCUAUACUAGAUAUCUUUGCAUGGUUACCUUAUGGUAUCAUUCAUUUUGCUUUCCCAUUUAUUUUUGCUUUGGCACUCUUUAUCUUUGGUCCUCCAGGCACUCUUCCUGUUUUUGGUAAAGCAUUUGGUUAUAUGAAUUUAGCAGGUGUCUUGACUCAACUUAUUUUCCCCACUUCUCCUCCAUGGUACGAACUUAGUUAUGGCUCUGCACCAGCUGACUAUUCAAUACACGGUCAACCAGGUGGUCUUGCCAGAAUUGAUAAAAUUUUGGGUCUAAAUCUUUAUGGAACCACAUUUGGUAAUUCACCACUUGUUUUUGGAGCAUUCCCAUCACUUCAUUCAGGAUGUGCUACAAUAGAAAUGUUCUUUUUAUCUUGGUUAUACCCAAAGGCAAGACCUUAUUGUGUCUUUCAUGUAUUAUGGAUGUGGUUUGCUACAAUGUAUUUAACACAUCAUUAUUUAAUCGACCUUGUUGGAGGAUCUAUUUACGCCACACUUGCCUUCUUUUGUUUCCGUCAAUAUCUCCCCAUCAUUCGACCUGAUUGUCGUACACGUUUAGAUUAUAUUGAUUCUCCAAUUCCUAUCAAAAAUACAUUUAUGAACUUUGUACGUUCAAUCGAGAUGGAGACAUUCAUGAAGACUUUAUUAUUACGUGAAGCUGAUGAUACAGAAGCCAUGAUGCGAUUAUCGUCAAAGGAAAUCUAUCACUCACAUUCUUCUAUUCAAUCUAAUUCUGAUCGAGAAGAAGAAGAAGACGACAACGAUGAUGAUGAUAUUACAUAUAUUAACUCUGAUAAUGAUGAAGAUACUACAGCUCAUUUAUUCCAACAUAUACCUCUUAAGUCUGUUCAUCCCAUUUAUAUAAAUACAACAGAUUCAAGAACUAGUUCAAGGUUACCUUCCGUAACUAAUUCACCUACAUCCUCUGAACCGUCUUCACCUGCUACACCUUGUUCAGAUUAUUAUUAUUCUCAUAAUGAGCUGAAACAUUAAUACCACUUAUUCUAAUUUAAAUUAUAGAAGUUCUGUUACUAAUUACUAUUACAUACAUUUACUUACCUUUUUACUAUUACUACUUAAUUUAUGUCUCUACUUAUAACUAUAUAAUUACUAAUAUAUAAAUUUACUUAUAAU